GAGCACUGUACUAAGCGCUUGAAUCGUUUCUGGUCCUCUUCUCUUCACGGAGGCCGCCGUGUUUAGGGUUUGGGGUGGCCCCCGUCCGCUAAAGUCCUCAACAUUGGACUCUCUGGGCUCUCCCCCGUCUUCCGAGACCCAACCGUAGAUCCGCGGCUCCUCCCACCCAAGGAACCCAAGCGUCCGGCUUCCUCCUGAGCCCUGUCAACCUCUUCCUUCUUCUUCAGAAGAGUGGAGGAGGAGGAGAAAGAAAGAACACCUUGGACACCGAGAAGAGAUUGGCAUCGGUAAAGAGUCCACCCGGCGUGCGGCAAAUGGAUAAAAUGACUUGGACAGGCCCCUGGUGGUGACGAUCUCCAGACCAAAGGGCAGAGCUCUCCUGCUUCCCUGCCCGGCAGCCAUGCGCUGCUCUCUCCGUCGCUCUGUCUGGGCUGUGAUGGCUUUCGCCCUUCUGGGCUUCUUCCUCCGAAUGUUCACCGAGGAGAACGAAGACCCUUUGCUAGAGGAGAAGAAGCAUUUGGCUUGGCUAUUGGUGCAGCGACAACUCAACGCCAAUGGCCACCUGACUCCCUUCCAAGAACUCUCUAACAACUCCGCCCUCCUCAACCUGUCUUUCCAUUACCUGGCUGGAGCCCCGCCACCAGUCAAAAAGCUGCUGACGGUGGGGCUGUCGUCGGUGCGCCGCCCCCGAGGCAGUUACCUCCUGGACACCUUGGGCUCCGUGUUCCAGAGCUCGUCGGCGGCCGAGCUGAGGGACGCGCUGGUGGUGGUGCACCUGGCCGAUCCCGACCCGCGCUGGGCCCGCCGCACGGCGGCCGCGGUGGCCGGCCGCUUUGCCUCCCAGCUGCUGGCGGGGCAGCUGCUGCUCGUCCGCGCCCCGCCGGCCGCCUACCCGCCGCUGCGGGGCCUGAAGCGCAACUUCGGCGACGCUGCGGACCGGGUGGCCUUCCGCUCCAAGCAGAACGUGGACUACGCCUUCCUGGUGAGCUGCGCCGCCAACCUCUCCCGCUACUUCCUCAUGAUCGAGGACGACGUCCGCUGCGCCCGGGGCUUCCUCACCGCCGUGCGCCGGGCCAUCGAGGCCCACCGGGACACCCCCUGGGUCACCCUGGAGUUCUCCAAGCUGGGCUACAUCGGCAAGCUCUACCGGGCCAGCGACCUGCCUCGCCUCGCCCGCUUCCUGCUCCUCUUCUACCAGGAGAUGCCCUGCGACUGGCUCCUCGACCAUUUCCGCCUGCUUCUGGCCCAGAAAGAUCCCAUCCGCCUCAGCCCUUCGCUCUUCCAGCACGUGGGCACGUACUCCUCCUUCCGGGGCACCAUCAACGAGCUAAAAGACGACGAGUACCACGACGGCGGCGGGGUCGCCGCCAACCCCCUGGCGACCUUCCACACGGACAUGACCGCCUACGACGGCUUCGCCCCCGAGCGGGCCUACGCCCCGGGGGACGGCUUCUUCUGGGGCCACCCCGUGCUGGCCGGCAGCCACCUGACGGUGGUGUUCCUGCGGCCGGCCCGCGUACGCCGGCUGCGGGUGGCGACGGGCACCGCCCAAGAGAAGAAGGACCGGCUGAGGGCCGGCCGCGUGGAGCUGGGCCGCCGGCUCGACGGGGAGGGCCGAGACUGCUCCGAUUACCGUCCCCUGGGACCGCUGCUGGACGGCCAGCUGGCCUGGGAGGAGCCGGCCAGCGGAGGGGGACGGGAGGUGAGGUGCGUGAGGCUGGUGGCCCUGCGGGAGCAGCGGGAUUGGCUCAUCGUGAGGCACUUGGACGUGUGGACCGAAGACGCUGAGCGGUGAAGCCCCCGGCACACGGGGGCAGGAGGAGGCACGCUAAUGGGGGGGCUGAAUGGGCCCGAAACACCGGGAGGUAAAAUCCUCGAACGGCUCAAGGGGGAAAGGCCGCCCCAAGCACCCCGGGGACUCGGAGGGACCUCAAGGAAGCACCGGGAGAGGGUCCGACACUCUGCUUCUCUGCCCGGGCUCUGAGCCCCGAAGACCCGAAGGGGAGCCGUUUCUACUGUGGCCCUGGGACCUUGGGAGGCAGGACCAAGCAGGGAAAAUGAGUCACUUGAAGUCAAGGCCCUCAGGCCCCACAUUAGGCAAGUCACUUCGC